AUGGCUAAACAGGUCGUGAAAGGUACUGUGAAGCAAGUGGAUGCUUCGCUAGAUAAGCCCAUCGAUAAAGAUGCUCCACCUACUAUAUAUGGCAGUAAGCUAAAGCCUGAGUUUGCGAGUGCAGCUUUAAACUUGUCGGUCGAUUUUUUGAGACAACAGCAAUCUGAGGCGAACAAGUACCUUUUAUGGAACAAGACUACUCUUUUGGGAUCGUUUACAUGCGCUUUGCUGUACCUGGUAUCUAAGUCGACGUUUCCUCGUGGAAGCAAGUCUGUAAGCGGCUUCUUCGUGCAGUACGCAUACAUGAAUACCAAAGAACUGAUUACCGCUGGUAUCGUUAUAGUUAUUUCUUCCUCUGUGAUUUUCACUCUGCUAUCAAGAGUGACCGAAAACGUCUUCAGCAAGAAGAUCGAUGCCAUUGUCAAAACGGAGGGUGAGAGCGUGUUCGAUGUGAAUCUCAACAAGCUCUCAGCUGACAAGGUUAAAGGCUCUGAAGUGCUAGAAAACACGCAGAUCAUUGUUUACCGUGAUACUCCGAUCGCGCUAGCGGCUAUCAUGGAAAACAAGCAUCUUUCUACUGAAGACUCCCUCGUAAUGGGUGUCACAACUAUUGGAGCGCGUCGCGUUUACUUGAAAAGUGGGGUCAUGGAAGAUCUCAUUGAUUGGGCGUUGUUGAGAACCAAAGACCUUCAAUAUCGUAAGCACGGUAAUGGUAAGUCAAUGAAACUUUUGCUUGACGUUUGCUCUUUUGACAAAGAUUUGAGGGAUGCCUUAAAGAAAAAGGGAUUUUCUCCCAUCAAAACUUUUAAAUAUGAGGAGUCGCGGGUCUUGAAUAGCUUGUAUGGCAUUCGCAGAGAACUAUGGGGUGUUCAGUUCCGUUUCGAAGCCCACAAGAAAGAAUAA